AAUUAACUCUAAUAAUUAGUUAUUUUUUUCUUAAUUUUAAUUGUUAUUCUUUAAGUUAAUUAGUUGAUCCAAAUUGUGUUAACUGUUUUUCUUUUGGUCAACAAAACGUUCAUCUUAUUGAUUAUAUUUCCAUUGAUUUAGCUUGUUUUGUUUUUUAAUUUUCUUCUCUAUGUGAAUUUUUUUUCUUCUUCUCUCUUGUUGUUAAUAUUUAAUUUGUUAAUUUUUCUCAUUACAAUUUAUCAUAAUGUUCAAAUCUUUUUAUUCUUCUUCUUCAAAUAGAAAUUCUUUUCUUUCAAGAAGUCAAAGUACCAUUGAGGAGAAACCCGAACCUUUGGAUUUGGAUUUAAUUGAUAGCCAAUUGUUCAGUUCUAAACCAAGUUUACCUUACCGGUACUCUAAUUAUUAUAGUGGUAAUUAUAAUCGUUCUAAACCACAAACAGCCAUGAGAAGUGUUUCUCUCCUUGACUGGCCACCAAGUCAAUAUAUCGUUGACACUGGAGAACCACCACCGCCACCACCAUCACAACAACAACAACCAGGACCAACAUCAUCUUCAUCAUCAUCAUCAUUGACAAAAAUUUAUUCCACCAAUGAUACUAUUAAUAGAUUACCUUCCAAUCAUAAUCUAUAUGUUCAAAAAAAUUUGUCCAAUCAAAUCAACGAUAAUCAUCAUAACAAUAAUUCUCACCAUCACCAUAACCAUAAUCACCAAUCUCACCAACAAAUAUCAUCUCUUAAUCUUGAAUCUUACGAAACAAUUUCCAACAAUUGUGACUCUGAUUCAAAUUGUUCCUGUUACAAUAAACUCGGUGAUAUUGAUGAAGAUUCAAUCUCACCAAUUCAAGAGGAGUUUAUUCAGGUUAAUGUUUUCAUCCCUGAAUAUCUAGUUGAGCAAACUGUUUCUUUAAGUGAAUACGAAACCAUUUGGAAUUUAAAACUUGAUAUAAUCGAUCGUCUUUCCGCUUUUCGAAACAAUUUGAACAGUUCACAAAAUUAUAUAAACAAUUUAUUAAUCACUGGAAGUGGUUAUAACAAUCAUCUUGCAAAUGAAGGAGGAGGCAAAAGUAAUUUAAUCAACAGUAACAGUAAAUCAUCAUUACUCUCAGCGUCAUUGUCAACAUUAACUUCAUCUCUAUCCAAUAUCAACAAUAAUAAUCUUCAAUUUAAUAAUAACAAUAAAUUGUCACAAGGUGAACGGAUUGACCUUAACUAUGGUUUCUAUUGUCACAAUUUAGGAGGUUUCCUUGAGGAAGAGGCCACUUUUUACGAUUACCUUAAAGGUGAUUUAAGAGGGGGAUGUGGAAGUGGUUUCAUUGGCAGUGAGGCGAUUUUAUCAUCAUCAUCAUCAAUUAAUAGGUCAACUAGUGGCGGAGGAGCAAUUGUAGGUGCAAGUGGAGUAAUCGAUUGUUGCUUCUCGUCUCGAACAUUAGUUCGUCUUGAAUUUCGCCAUAAACAACGAAUCGAUAUAAUCGUCAUGUCCACCACCCUUCCAACCUCAACGGCAACUCGACGUAAACGUAAACGGGGUCGCCUAAUUGAAGCGGUGACCAAUGGAAAUGUUGAGAAAAUAAUUAAACUAUUAACAAAUUGUGACCCUAAUUUUAUUGAUGAAACUGGUGCCGGUGGGGAAACCUUGUUAUCCCUUGUUGCAGGUAAUGCAACAUUGUCCACUUCAACCUCUCAACGUGUCAUCGUCGCCCUGGUCAAUGGAGGUGCUCUCCUUGACUUUCGUACCAAAGAUGGUCGGACACCUCUUCAUGUGGCCGUUCAAAAGUCAAAUUAUGUUGCCCUGAAAACAUUUCUCGAUCUCGGUGCUUCACCUAAUUAUCGAGAUGCUGCUGGAUUAACUCCGCUCUUCUAUUCCAUCCUUUACUCAGCUAAUCCCAAGUUAACUCAACUUCUUCUUCAUGAGCAUUCCAUUCAUGGGGUAGCCGAUGCUCAGGGCUGGCAGGAAGUUCAUCAUUCCUGUAAAUUGGGCCUUGUUGCCCACCUCGAGCAGCUACUCUACUACGGGUGUGAUAUGAAUUGUAAGAUUGUCGGCUCAGGUAAUACUCCGCUUCAUGUGGCCGCUAUCAACGAUCAAAUGGACUGUGCAAGAGUUUUACUGCUUCGAGGAUGUAAUACUCAGAUUGCUAAUAACUCUCAUCAAACAGCUUAUCAAGUAGCUGUAAUUGCUGGAAAUAUGAAUUUAGCUGAAUUUAUAUCUAAUCAUAAGCCCGAAAAUGUUGUUCCUUAUCGAGAUAAGCCUAAAUAUAAUCCCGCUCGUCGACCUCCUUCAUCCAUGGCUGUAAUCGCCAAUGAAACUGUAUCUGGAAGAGAUCAAGGUAAUCAUCAUGGUAAAUCAUCUUGUUCCUCAUCUUCUGGUUCAUUGAUGAUGAAAGAUGAGUUUACCAAAAAGUAUCUCAAUGGUUCUGGAUCAUCUUCUUCUCAAGGAGGAGGUGGAAGUGGUUCCUCUUCAUCAUAUGGACCAUCGAUUUCACCUUGUCCGUCUCAAAGAUCUUGUACCACAUCAACUACCAUCUCGACAACAACAACCUCUUCGGGUGUUUGUUGUGAACUUGAUGGAAGUCAAUCUGAAGAGGCUGGAGAUGAUGAAGGUGAAUCGGAAGAUGAUUCAACCACCAACACCGAGAAAUCGUCUCAACAUUCAAGGGUUGAAGGUCGUCGGGAACAAAAAUUAUUAGGAAUUGGAUCGUCAACAACACUUCCCUCCCGUGGUAGACGUGAACAACAUCAACCCAAUCAACAAAAGUCACAACAACAACAACAACAAUUAAUGUCCUCAUCACUUUCUCGUCAAUCGGUUCCUAGUAAUGAAGAGAUUUCAAUUUCAUCGAUAUUACCUGCCGAUAUGCCACCGAUUACAUCAUAUGAUGAGAAAACGGUCUCUCUUCAUAAGGGAUCAAAAGGGUUUGGUUUUGUUCUAAGAGGUGCCAAGGCCACAAGUCCGGUAGUUAAACAGAUCCAUGAAGUUGCGCCACAACCUCAGCCCAUUAGUUUACAAUAUUUAGAUGAAAUUGAAACGGGUGGAGUUGCAGAAGCUGCUGGAUUAAAGCGAGGUGAUUUCCUGUUGAAUGUUAAUGGUGUCGAUGUCCGUUCAGCUCCUCAUGAACAUGUUGUCCAAUUGAUUCGUCAGUCUGGUGAUAAAGUGACCAUGACGGUUGCCAGUCCAAAUUAUUUAACUCUUGAUGAUGAAACAAAUAACAGUAAUGAGUCAACGGAAGAUAAAAUAACACAUGAUGACAAAUGUAAUAAUAACUAUUAUAGUGAGAAAGAGUUUUCAUCCACAAUGCCCAGGGGAGCGGAAACUCGAGAGUCAAGGUCAACCUCGAAAGUUCGUAACCCUCCGGUUCCCCCUAAAAGAGAUCCAUCAACAACCCUUUCAAUUAGUCGAGCUCGAGCCAAAUCUCUCUGUAUAACAAGUAGCACCUCAUCGGAUACCGUUAACAAUGGACUAUCAAUGUCCACCUCAACUUCAUCUGAAAUGUCUGGUCAACAAAAAUCAUCUCACGAUCAUGAAGAUCGAUCAAAUAAAAGUAGCUCACCUUCAACCUCAGUGGAAAGUAUGGUUUGCCAAUCGAACACCGUUACUUUGCGAUCGAAAGAAAGUAAUGGCCAUAAAAUUGCCUCAAUACGAUCUCGAAGUUCUCGACGUAUUUCCGCUUUUGAGUUGGAAAAGUUUUUCGCUCGACAAGAUGGACCCAAUGGUGAAGCUUAUCUUUUAAACGAAGGCGAUGAUAAGGGAAAAUCAGGUCACCAAGUAACAACUUUACAAGCAUUGAAAAAGAAGCGAAAUAAAAAGUUACAAAAAGAUUUCCACUCAACACCCGAUAUCCAGGAACAAUUAGCCCUCGAACAAGCUAAAUUAGCCUUGCAACAAUCAACGAAUGUUAAUCUUAAGAUUAAAUUUGAUGUUAAUGGUAAUCGUUUAUCAACUAGUCAAGAGGAUAUCCGGUCAAUCCAACCAAUUUUCUCGGAAACUUUAACCUUACGAAAUGGUAAAAUCGUUCACGACAAAAACGAUUCAUCGGACAAUAAGAUUAGGCCACCAGCACCUAAUCAACCUCCACCACCAACACCAUCAUCGUCAAUGGUUGAAGAGGCAACUGGUCAAUCAGUUAUGGUUAAAGUUGAUGUUAGUGGUAACAGGGUGUCCAAAUCUGAUUAUGCUAAUUUUGCUCAAAUAAACAAAGAUGAAGCCGGCGGAGUCUCGCCCAAUGAACAAGCGGCAUCUUCGGCUCCUUUGUCAAGCUUUAAACCAUCACUACCAUUGUCAGGGGAAACUGAAUCCCCUGAAACUUCAAGAAAGGGAAUGAAUUAUGCAUCACCGGAUAAACUACAACAACAAUCAACAGCCUCAACUGGUCAACAAUUAAGUUCAACUAAUAAGCAACCCUGUAAUACCCUGAGACCUGCUAAACAUGUCAAGCAAAGUUCAUUGGUAAAUUCAGGAGGUUUAGAAUCAGUUAAUGGCGGUGAACCAUAUAUUCCUGAACCUGAUUACUCCUCAAGUGAAGACGAUGCUAACACACCGACAAACGUUAGUGGACGUGAUUUGAGUACCUUUAAAGGUACUACAAUUAGUCAGCAAACUAAAUCAAAUAAUAAUCGGAUGGCUUCAAGUUAUCAUGAAUCAGUGGCAGGAUGUAAACAAGAAUCCGAUCUAAUGUCAAGUUCAACUUCAGUGAUUGAAAAUGAUCGUGAUUUGGACAAUCAGUUGCGAAAUAAAAUGGCCGCUAUCGCAGUCGAAGGCAAAAGUGUACUAGAAAUGAGAUCAGGUCAAGUUGAAGAGAUCCGAAUAAUUAAAAGCACCAAAAAAGAGGAAAGAGGAACAAUUAGUGAACCAUUAAUGGCUAAACCUAAAGGUGAUCAUUUUAAUAAAGUUAAGGAAUCAAUUGCUGUGUUUGAAAGACGAUCAAGUUUAACUGGUGAGGGCGCGGGUACAACGGCCGCAAUUGCCGCUGUUCAGGCAUCAUCAACAUCAACAAAGUCCAAUAAUACAAAUGCCGUAGAUCAGUCAGCAAUUAACAAUAAUAACGCGCUACGAGUGUCAAAAUCUUGCUUUGAAGUGGAUGUCUGUGAUAAUAAUGGUUCAUCUGGUGUAUCAGAAAUUGAUCGAGAUAAUUACCAACACCUUCAACAAUUAAAAUCCGGUGCCAAUGUGAACACCAGAAAUCAACAAAUUCAUUCACUCAAUAGACGCAAUAGUGCAAUUUCAACAAUUAUAAGGACAAACAACAAUCAAGAAAUGAAACCGAUUCUUAUGUAUCAGGAUAAGGAGCAAUUCCAAGUCCCUCGACGAGCCUCGAUCGCCUCAACCUGUCCAACCGAUAAAGAUCAUACAGUUAUCAACAAUUUAAAUUGUGAAAUGCAUUCACAAUCAACUGGAUCAGCCAAAGCCGCACCAACCAUGGCUAAAACUUGGAGUGAAAUAUCAUCAGCAAUUAGAGCUGCCAAAGGUGGUGGUUCGACCCCUGUUAGUUUACCUGUAGGUGGAUCAACAACAACGGGUACCAGUAAAUCAGGAGUUUUAAUAAAUAGCGGUAGCAAUUUAACAACAAUUAAACAAACCACCAUGAGACCGACAAGUGCACCAAGCGCAGUAAUUAAUCAAAAUAAUAUUCACGCUAAAACUGGACAAAGUAAUAAGACUACAGCUAAAAGUCGUGACGGUUUAUCGGCAGUUAAUGAAGUUGAUGUUUUAGCAGAAUUAGUUCCACCGCCGCCAGAAUUUGCUGCACCACCACCACAGCCAAUGGAUUCCAGGCCAGGAGCGGUUAAAAUUCAAGUUGGAGGACCAAAACAACAACAACAACAACAAAUUCAACAUCAACACCAUCAACAUAUGCAAUCAAUUCAAAAUCAUCCUCAAAUGUUAACAGCUCAACAACAACAACAAUUACAUCAACAACUUCAUCAUCAUCAUCAACAACAAUUACAACAACAACAUCAACACCAUGGACAACAAACUCAUAGUAAAAUGGUAACCACACUUCCCGCAACUCCAGGAGCACCAGUAAAUACAAUUAUAAGUGGAGUCGCAAUUAAAGGUGGACAAGCAAUCCAAUUACAACAUCAACAAUUAAUCAACAAUCAACGUAAAGAGGAUAUUAGAUUAAUUAAUCCUCAGCAAUCAGCUCAAGUUCAUAUUAUCCAUAAACCAACUCCCCAACAACAAGCUUGUCUUUAUAACAAUUUAGCCUGUGAAGCUAAUCAACAACAAUUAAUCAGAAAAAGCUCAACUCCACCACCUCCACCUCCCCCUGAAUUUAGUGAUCUAUCAGCAGCAUCAAGAUUAGGUGUGGUCGCUGCUCAUCUGCCCACUGGUCAUCCUCAACAUCAUCAUACAAUUCACUUACCUCAUCAUCAUCACCAUCAUCAUCAUCAACAACAACAACAACAACAACAACCCCAAUCCCAACAACAACAGCCACAACAACAAGCUAAAAUUCAAUAUGCAAUGUAUCCGGAGAAUCAAUCAAAACAACCUCAACAAUAUCAAUCAUAUUUACAACAUCAACAACCUCAUGGGCAACAAUUUGUCACCUUGACCCGUUAUGUUGGUAAACAAGGGCAAAUAAUUACGACCCGUCAUCGGCUCAACAAUAAUGGUACUAAUAGUGUCGGUAAUAGUAAUCAAAGUGACCAUUCAUCAACUUCACCUUCAUCUACAAUGUCAAGGUCAGUUGGUUCUGAGUCACCAUUGACCGUUGCUUGUUCCGGAAUGGACAAUGUUGUUUACAAAGUCAAUGCUCAAGGCGUUUUAGAGCCAAUCGGUCAUCAUCAUUCAACAACUGGAUCAACUAAUUAUCAUCAAUUUGCAACAUUAUCAAGAGGUAGACCACAGCAAUUAAGGGUUGCAUCACCUUCGCCUUCAACUGGAUCAGCUUCUUACUCUGAUUAUACCCGAUUAACAGUUCAAAAUCGGUUACUUAGGCAACAACAACAACAACAACAACAAUUAGUUAAUCAACAACAAGGACAACAGCAAUCAGCUCAACAACAACAACAAUCUCAACAGCAAUUAAUUUAUCAAGCAAAUAAUCAAGGACAACCAAUGAUUGCGACUCAUCAAUAUUACACGUCUGAUUUACAAAAACAACAACAAUUACAUCAGCAACUUCAACAGCAACAACAAUUACAACAUCAACAUGCACUACAACAGCAACAACAACUUCAUCAACAUCAGUUAAUCACAACUAAUCAAGGUAAUGGUCCAUUGGCUAAUCAACUAAUUGUAACCUCUAAUUAUGCUCAAUCACAACCUAAACAACCAGCUCAUCCUCCACCCCCUGGUCCGCCGCCUUCAUUACAAAAACAUCCGGCUACGUUUCCUAGACGAUCAAUGGUUGAUUGGAGUGAAGAAGACGUUUGUGAUUGGAUCGCCUCCAUUGGGAUGAUUGACCAUCGGUCCAAAUUUGAAUUCAUCAACGGAGUUAAAUUGUUACGAUUAGAUAAUAAUGAUUUAAUUGGAAUUGGAGUUCGACCAAGUCAACAUCGAUGUUUCAUCUUAGAGAAAAUUAAACAACACCUUCACUAUCAACAACAACACCCACCGGUCCAGUAAUUAACUAAUUACAAUCAAUGAGUCGAGAAACUAAAACCAAAUUAAUCAACUUUAAUUGCUAAACUUAAAUUGUUACCAUUUCUAUUUGGAGCUUUCAUUUUAACUCUUUUUUUCUUGUCAUUUUAAUUGCCAACAAUUAUCAUCAUCAAAUUAAUUAAUCAAUCAAUUAAUUGUUGUUGUUGUUUGAUUAACUUUCAGAAUUUAGUUAAUUAAUCAAUCCAAAUGUCUUCUCUUAUUAUUAGUAAUUUAAUUUAUCUUGUCAAUCAAUUUAAGGCUCAUUUUGUUAAUCUCUCACAAUCAAGUUUACAAAAACAUUAUUAAUUAUUAAUCAUUUUGAUUUAAUCAAUUUUUCAAUUCACUUCCUGUUUAAUUAAUUUAUCAAUUGCCAUUAAUACAGCAACAAUUAACUAAUGAUAAUAUUGUCAAAGUGUUUUUUUUCAAUUACAAAUCAAGAACCAAAUGAUGAUCAAGUUGAUGAUUUAAUUGUAAUUCACAUAUUACAAUUAAGUGAAGAUGUAAGAUAAUUGUUUGAUAAAUUGUCAUUUUAAUUGUCAUUAUAAUUGAUCCAUUUCGAAAAGAAAAUUUUCUUAUUCGGCUAAUCAAAAAUAAUUUGAAUUCUUUUCCUAUUUAAAUCAAAAUGAACUGUAAAAGUUUUCGAAUUAGAUUUUCUCUAUUGAACAAACUUCGCGAAGUUUUUUUCAUGGGCUAAGUUUCACGAGGAAAAUUCAUUCAAGAUUUUUCCAACUCAGGCUCAGAGAAGUUCGUUUUCCGAAGAACUUUCCUAUCUCUUUUUAAUCUUCGAUUUAAAUAAAAGGCAAAUUCAAGGGAAAAUUCGGCUACUUCGUUCGUUUUCUUUUCGCUACCACUGAACCGAUAA